GAUUACCUACUUGACAUUAUCGACACUACGUUUUUUUUUUAUUGCUUUGACGAUUGACUGGUUUGUCUAUUUUAUAAAGGGCUUCGGGAAAAAGCCUGUCUUCUCAUUCUGUAUUAUCGCUUCCUGACACAACUUUAUUGAUUCAAGAAGGGCAGUCCAUUCUCUCUUUUUCUCUCUCUCUCUCUUUUUUUUUUUUCUUUUUGGUGUGCGUGCGGCGUUAUCAGAAAUGCAAGGUCGUUCUUAUCAGCCAUCGAUGUCACCUUCAUCAUCCUUACCGUCAGCUGCCUCUCCCGCUGUUCCGCCAUCGUCAUCCAAUAGUACUCGCAAUUCAAAAUUGGAUCACAUUAUUCAGAACUUUUAUACCAAAACAGCACAAUUGAUUAUUCAAGCUCGAUUGACUUUAGAUGGGAAACAAAUGACUAGAGAAAGACGACGAGAUCCAAAAAAAUUGAAUAAAUGGUUUAACAUUGCUACGGAAGAUAUCGAUUUAUUACGGGAUGAACUUAAAUAUUGGCGUACUUUGGCAAUCCAAUCUUUGGAAGAAGAACCUCCACCAAUGAUUAUCGAUAUUUAUUUGGAUACUUCGAAAUUGACUCAAAAUCAAUCUUUGAUGGUGAUAGACGACAAUCUUCGACGAAACAGAGUGGAUCUUUGUGAAAACAAUGAUGAUUAUCGUAUACAAAGGAUUCUGAUAGAAACUUGGGUGUUGACUUUGAAUCAUCCAUUACCUGAUUUCCCUGUAGAUCUACCAAAUCUUUACAAAAGAUCCAUUGUCUUCUUUCGAUCCUUACAUUCUUUAGUUCGAUUACUUCCAGCUUAUAAUCUUCAUCGACGGUUACGCAAAUUCAAUGAUGAUCGAGAUCUUGCUAUUGGUUAUCAAUUCAGCCCCAGGAAUAUACGGCGGCAUGAUGAAAUUUCAUUAGAUACUUCCAUUCUAGAAGGUGAUGCCAGGAAUCCUACCAAAUCAUAUACAUUCACCGAUAUUAUGACUCCAUUAGGAACUUUUAAACUUCAAGUGAAUUACCGAAGAAAUUGUGAUUUCAAAAUCGAAGAUUCUGAACGUGAUAUAAGUGAUCGUUUUGUGGAUAUGGACGAACAAUUCUUUACUCCUACUAUUGAAAAAUACCAACAAGGUUAUCAUACACCAUCAAGACCAAGACCUCUUUCCAUGCAUGAUUCGAGAUCAUCCAUAUUAUCUGAAAUGGCUCAAUUGAAAGAAGCUCCUACGAUCUCUCCAACAACUUCAACAAGUACAAGUAGUCGAUAUUCACAACCUACUGCUGAGUAUUCUGAUCCUCGCGAAAUUGUUCAACAACGACAACGACAUUCUAGUAUAGUUCCACGACAAUCACCACUUUCCUCAUCACCAUUGAAUCGGGAUUCAAAAGGAUCAACAGGAACUUCUAUCGAACCUAGUAUCAGUACAUCCAGUACUCCGGUAUCAAGACGAACAUCAGUUCCUGCAUUCUCUCCAUUCAAAUCACCAUCGUUAUCAUCCUCUCCUCAAGCUGACAAUAUGCUCACUGGAUUCAAAACUUCAUCCUCUUCAGAAAAAGCAAAAUCAUCUGGUGUUGAAAGUAGUUCUGGUUCCUUUGGAAGAAAAAUCGAAUUCUCAUCCAGUUUUGACAAAUACCGAAGUAGCCCAAGUCGUCUUGAUAGUGGUGGAACAAGCAUGACAAGAAGGUGGUCCCGCAAUAGUGAUCACAGCUCGAUCAAUUUGUUCAGCGAAAUGGAAGAUACAGAUCUCGAAGAAUUUGUUCGAUUUGUUGGAGUGAAACAAGAAUUGAAAUUAUUUCAAGGACGUACAUCAGGGACACCAACAAUUUCAGCCAGUCAACUCAUGGAAAGCGGGCAACCUUCGUCCCCAACAUCAGAAUCUAGUAGUAGCAUGGGUGCUAGUGGGUAUGGUACUGGAUCUAUCUAUCGAUCAAAAAAGGCACUCUCUCAUUUCCAAAACCUACGUGAGACACACAACAGUUUAUCUGAAUCGGUCACUUCAAGUAUGAUGGCCAUGGGUAUUGGUGGUGAUGGCGACGAUGUGACUGGAACUCAACAACAACAACAACAACAACAAAGUGAACCAAUAGGAAUGACAUCUGGUGUUUCUCCUAGUUCUUCUUCCUCUUCUACUGGAAGAUCAUAUCAACCUGUUAUACCAUCACCUUUACAUGCUGAACAACAUUCUAUAUCGCCAGUUCGUAUUCCACGUAGUCUUCCACCUCAAUUAUCUCAUACAGGUCUAAGCUCAUCGCCUUCUCCUUCUCCUCCACCACCUCAUGGAUCUAUAUCACCAACAACAAGACCUCGUCGACAUCGUUCGUCAAAUCAUCAACAACAAACCGUACGUCACGAGAACCGUCAUGAUCAUCAAGGUGUUACCUUUUCAAGUUAUCCUCAAGAUCGACACCAUACUGACUUGAGAAGAUUCAAUCUCGACAUGGAAAUGGAUCCUUAUCAUGAACGACAUCAUACCGAUACACGAAAACCACGUAGGAAUGAUAAUACCACUACAGCAAUACGAGCAUAUACCGGCGAUGGUGCGAAUGUCGAUGAUGAUAAUAAUAAGUAUAGAUUGGGUGAAACGUCUUUUUCCAAAGAGUCAAGAUCUUUUGGUAGUCAACAACCGAUGACAACAUCCGAAUCAUCAGGCAUCAGCGGUGGAGGCGGUGGAGCAGAACGAUCCAUUAUGUCUACUUCAUCAUCCACCGUACCAACGACAACAACAACAACAACAACAGCAGCAGCAACAACAACAACAACAAUAACAACAACAGCAACAGCAGCAGCAACAGCAGCAUCAUCAUCAACAGUAGCAGUAUCAGGAGGUGUACGUACUAGUAUUCUAGAUGAUGAUGAUUCCUUGGUAUUCAAGAUGAGUGAACUUGGAGGUGAUCCAUCUACGGAAUCCGAUACUCCUCCUGUCACAAGUCCUAUUCUGUUCAAUCGACCUGCCAUCACUGGAUCAAGUCAACAAAUGUUCACGACUAAACGAUUAUUGGAAACAUCAUCAAGUUAUGACGCGACGACACAUGCCAUUCGAAGGACAAAUAGUAGUGAUACCAUUGGAUUACAACCUUCGACCUAUCAUCAAAAAUAUCAUCCACCAACUUUUUCACUACUGGAUAAUAAUACUGAUAAUAUAUUGGAAUCAAAGGGAAAUACUAGUCCUAGUGCUAGUAGUUGUAAAAGUGAACCAACAACAACAACAACAACAACGGAUACCAACAAUAAGCAUCUUCCUUAUUUUGGUGGCUGGUGAUUCUUCAAUUUUUUUUUUUUUUUUUGGUGUAUAUAUAUACAAAGAUUAUUUAUUUAUUAUUUUUUUUUCACUUAUGAUGAUUAUUACUCCAUACAUAUACUCACC